AUGAAGUACGUUCUGGUCUCUGGAGGUGUCAUUUCUGGUGUCGGCAAAGGCAUCAUCGCUAGCAGUUGCGGGUUGCUGCUUAAGACUGCCGGUCUGGCCGUCUCGAGUAUCAAGAUUGAUCCUUACCUCAAUCCGGAUGCCGGUCUUAUGAACCCUCUAGAACACGGAGAAUGUUUCGUUCUCGACGACGGAGGUGAGGCUGACCUCGACCUCGGAAACUACGAGCGCUACCUCGGAGUGACUCUCGGGCGGGAUAAUAACAUCACCACUGGAAAGAUCUACCAACACGUCAUUGAGAAGGAGCGUCGCGGCGACUAUCUCGGAAAGACAGUUCAGAUCGUGCCGCACCUCACCAAUGAGAUCCAGAACUGGGUGGAACGGGUUGCCAAGGUUCCCGUGGACGAGUCAGGGCGGGAACCAGACGUUUGCAUCAUCGAGUUGGGUGGUACUGUUGGAGACAUUGAAAGUGCACCUUUCGUUGAGGCUAUGAGUCAGCUCCAACGACGGGCCGGCAAGAACAACUUCUUGGAGAUUCACGUCAGCUACGUCCCUCUGAUCGGCUCGGAGCAAAAGACCAAGCCUACCCAGAGGGCCAUUAGCGAUGUUCGCAGUGCUGGUCUCAGACCGGAUCUGAUCGCCUGCCGCUGCGAGACGCCUCUUGAGGAGGGAACCAUCCAGAAAAUCGCCAACGCCUGCCAGGUAGAGCGGGAUCAGGUUGUUGGAGUUCACAACGUGUCGACCACUUAUCAGGUGCCAAUUCUCCUGGAGAAGCAGGGCUUCCUCAACACCAUCAAAGAACUGUUGCACAUUGACUCGGUUCCGAAGGACCCCAAGCUCAUCGAGCAGGGUAAGGUGAUCUGGCAGGAAUGGCAGGGUCUUGCCAUUAGCCAGGACCGUGUCUUUGAGACCGUCUCUAUCGCCCUUGUCGGCAAGUACACCAGUCUGCAUGAUUCAUAUAUGAGUGUGAGCAAGGCGCUCGAGCACUCUGCCAUGCAUUGCAAGAAGAAGCUCGAUCUGAUUUGGGUCGAGUCCUCUCACCUGGAGGACGAGCACAAGGAGACAAACCCGGCCGAGUACUACAAGGCUUGGCACUCGGUUUCAACCGCCAACGGAAUUCUGGUUCCUGGCGGUUUCGGCGAGCGUGGUACCGAGGGUAUGAUCAAGAGUGCCCAAUGGGCCCGUACGAACAAUGUUCCUUACCUCGGUGUUUGCCUGGGUAUGCAAGUGGCCGUGAUUGAGUACGCUCGCAAUAUGUGCGGAUUGACUGGGGCUGGUAGCGAGGAGUUCCACGAGAACUGCGAGCAUUCUGCGAUCGUCUACAUGCCUGAGAUCGACAAGACCAAGAUGGGAGGCACCAUGCGACUCGGCAAGCGGGCCACCCACUUCCAGCCCGGCACCGAGUGGUCCCGUCUGCGGAAGCUGUACGGAGACAAGCAGGAGAUCUGGGAGAGACACCGUCACCGUUACGAGGUCAACCCCGAACUGGUCGACCGGCUCGAACAGGCUGGUCUGACCUUUGUCGGCAAGGACGACAGCGGCAAGCGUAUGGAGAUAAUCGAGCUCAAGGACCACAAGUGGUUCGUCGGUGUGCAAUUCCACCCCGAGUAUCUGAGCCGAGUGCUUGCGCCCAGCAAGACCUUCCUGGGCUUCUUCGCUGCCUCGGCCGGCUGCCUCGAAGAGAUCACCGAGGUGUUCAAGGAUCGCCACGACCUGAGCCACCGAGAGGUGAAACUCCCCGUCCAUUAG